CUCCUCCUCCUCCUCCUCAGCUGUGCUGCUGCCGGGGAGAGAGGGACGCUGUCUCCACUGGCUCUCGGAGAGUGUCUACGCCUGCGUGCGCGCGCCCCCGCCUGGCCUUGCCUUUGGAGGGAAGCGCUCUCGGCUUCGGCUGCUGCUGCUGCUGCUGGGACUGACUCCGCCGGCGGUCAGGGGAAAGGGCUCUUCAGGGGGAGAGCGGCGGCGGCAGCAGCAGCAGCAGCCGCCUCGGCGGGGGAAGCGUGGCGGGAGCGGGCCCUCCUCCUCCUCCUUCCUGGGGCCACGCAGCCUCCUUCUCCACCGGAGAGGCCGGGCAAGGAGCACUUUCCAAACUCCCGCGCAGCAGGCAAGAGAAGGAAGGAAGGAAGAGGGGCUCCGGUCCGGAGGAAGAGGAGGAGGACCAGGAAAGGGAGGCCAAAGGAAGAGCUGCUUUGGGAGCAGGACGGGGUGCAAAGGGCGAAGGGGGACUUGGCAGGAGAAGAGGGGCUCCAUGGCUGGGCUCUCCCUGGCCCAGGAGUGGACUGCUUCCUAGGGCCGGAGGGCUGGGGAGGCUGGCGCUGGGGCUGCUCUGCCUCGCCCUCCUCCUCCUCCUCCUCCUCCUCCCUCUCCGUCUGCUGCUGGGCUUGCCCUCCUCCUGCCCCGCGGGGGCCCGGCGUCCGGCGGCGGCGGAGGUGGCCCCCUCGCUGGCCCUGCAGCCUGGCCCGGCCAUGGAGCCCCCCGCCGCCCCUGCCUCCUCCUCCUCCUCGGCCGCGGAGAACCCGAGCAAGGCGGCGGCGGAGUACCUCCAGGAGCUCAACAAGAUCAUCGAGACCCAGCAGGAGCUGCUGGAGAAGCAGAGGCUCCGCAUCGACGAGCUCGAGCAGCAAGUGGCCCAGCUGCACCGCGACAACGCCCGCCUCCACGACAUGCACCGCCGGCACCUGGCCGCCUGCAGCCUCCUCCUCCGCCGUCAGCCCCAGCCGCCCCAGGCCGGUCCCGCGGCGCCCGCCCUCCCGCCACCGACGCCUCCGGCCCCGGGGGACAGCCAGGACCAGGCCAAGGAGGACAGGUCUGAAACUGAAAGUUCAAGAAGCAUCAGGUCUAUAAAUACUCUGCACCAGUUUUGCUGUCCAGCUCCAUUGUACCAUACCCAGCUAACUGUCCCUGCCACACACUCAGAGUACAGGACUUCCUUGGAAACAAGAAGCAGCCUUUCAACUGAUCCGCUCAGUGUUGAGGGCGAGGCUCCUGGAAGUGAAACAGGAACAUCAUUGGACAGUCCAUCUACCUACCAUCAAGGAACUAUUACUCACACCUCAGCUAUAAGCCCAGACCAUUACGACCAUUCUCCAUAUGGGCUGUAUUCCAUCUCUCCUGGUCAGCAAAGACCCCGGAGACCAAAGCUUCAGCACUCAACAUCUAUAUUGAGAAAACAAGCAGAAGAAGAAGCUAUUAAAAGAUCACGGUCCCUUUCAGAGAGCUAUGAACUCUCAUCUGACUUGCAGGAUAAGCAGGUUGAAAUGCUAGAACGGAAAUAUGGAGGCCGUCUCAUAACUAGACAUGCUGCUCGUACUAUACAGACUGCUUUCCGCCAGUAUCAGAUGAACAAAAACUUUGAGCGGCUUAGAAGUUCUAUGUCUGAAAAUCGUAUGUCAAGACGCAUUGUACUAUCCAAUAUGAGAAUGCAGUUUUCAUUUGAAGGACCUGAGAAAGUCCACAGUUCCUACUUUGAGGGGAAACAAGUUUCUGUUACAAAUGAUGGAUCAAAAUUAGGAGCCCUUGUCCAGUCUGAAUGUAGUGAUCUUGGUGAAUCAGCUGCAAUGAAAUCUCCAGCAGCAUCCACUGACUUUGCUGAUGCUAUAACGGAACUUGAGGAUGCUUUUUCAAGACAAGUAAAAUCUCUUGCAGAGUCUAUUGAUGAUGCACUGAAUUGUCGUAGCCUGCACUCUGAUGAGGUACAAAUACCUGAUCAAGUAAGGAGUCGUGAACUAGAGCGGGACGGUUGUGGGCAGAGUAAACCAACAAGCCAUAAUGUGGAUCAUAGGAAACUUGAUGAAAUGACUGCAUCUUAUAGUGAUGUUACAUUAUAUAUCGAUGAGGAGGAACUAUCACCACCACUUCCCCUAUCCCAGUCUGUAGAUAGGCCAUCGAGCACAGAAUCUGAUCUAAGGCUUCGGUCAAUGAACCCAUCUCAAGAGUAUUGGUCUAUGACACACAAAGAUCAUAAGAUAGACACUGACACAAGUUGCAGGAGUACCCCUUCAUUAGAGUCCCAGGAGCAAAGGAUGAGGAUGGAUCACCUGCCUUUGCUCACCAUAGAACCGCCAAGUGACAGUUCAGUGGACUUAAGUGAUCGUUCAGAGAGAGGAUCCUUAAAGAGACAAAAUGCAUAUGACCGAGGAGUUACUAGUCAGCAAGGUAGCCCCAAACACAUCUCACAUGGUAUCCCUACCAAGAUAAUAUCUCGAGAAGACCAGGAGACUAGACAUAGACCAAGGCCCAUUGAUAGCCACUUAGCCAUUAAUGGCACAGCAAACAGACAAAGCAAAUCAGAGUCUGAUUACUCUGAUGGAGAUAAUGACAGUAUCAAUAGCACUUCCAAUUCCAAUGACACAAUAAACUGCAGCUCAGAGUCUUCUUCUCGAGACAGCCUAAGGGAACAAACAUUGAGCAAGCAAACAUACCACAAAGAGACUCGUAAUAGCUGGGAUUCUCCUGCCUUCAGUAAUGACAUUAUCAGAAAACGUCACUACAGGAUUGGACUGAACCUUUUUAAUAAAAAACCCGAAAAAGGAGUCCAGUACCUGAUUGAGAGAGGCUUUGUGCCGGAUACACCUGUUGGAGUUGCCCACUUUCUUCUGCAGAGAAAAGGACUCAGCAGACAGAUGAUUGGAGAGUUCCUCGGAAAUCGGCAAAAGCAGUUUAACCGGGAUGUAUUGGACUGUGUUGUGGAUGAAAUGGACUUCUCGGCUAUGGAUCUGGAUGAAGCACUCAGGAAAUUCCAAGCUCAUAUCCGUGUUCAAGGAGAAGCUCAAAAAGUAGAACGGCUCAUUGAAGCUUUUAGCCAGAGAUACUGCAUCUGCAAUCCAGGCGUUGUGAGGCAAUUCAGAAAUCCUGAUACUAUCUUCAUUUUAGCUUUUGCAAUUAUAUUACUAAAUACAGAUAUGUAUAGUCCAAAUGUGAAACCAGAACGUAAAAUGAAGCUUGAAGAUUUUGUCAAGAAUCUAAGAGGUGUAGAUGAUGGCGAAGAUAUCCCAAGAGAGAUGCUUAUUGGGAUUUAUGAGAGAAUCCGAAAGCGAGAACUCAAGACAAAUGAGGACCAUGUAUCACAAGUCCAAAAGGUUGAAAAACUCAUAGUAGGAAAGAAACCGAUUGGAUCUCUACAUCAUGGACUUGGUUGUGUUCUCUCUCUCCCUCACCGGAGACUUGUUUGCUACUGUAGGCUUUUUGAAGUUCCAGAUCCAAAUAAACCUCAGAAACUUGGAUUACACCAGCGAGAAAUAUUUUUAUUUAAUGAUCUCCUUGUGGUCACCAAGAUCUUCCAAAAGAAGAAGAACUCAGUCACAUAUAGUUUUCGACAGUCAUUUUCCCUAUAUGGCAUGCAGGUCCUUCUUUUUGAGAAUCAGUAUUAUCCAAAUGGUAUACGACUCACAUCGGCUGUUCCAGGAGCAGAUAUAAAAGUUCUUAUAAAUUUCAAUGCACCAAAUCCCCAGGAUAGAAAGAAAUUUACAGAUGAUCUGAGGGAGUCUAUUGCAGAGGUGCAAGAAAUGGAAAAGCACAGAAUAGAGUGUAAGUACAAAGCCGAAUUGGAGAAGCAGAAAGGUGUGGUACGGCCAAGCAUGUCUCAGUGUUCUAGCCUGAAGAAAGAGUCUGGCAGUGGGGCCCUGAACAGAGCCUGCCUUGACGAUAGUUAUGCCACUGGAGAGGGGCUUAAGAGGAGUGCCCUCAGCAGCUCUCUUAGAGAUCUCUCUGAAGCAGGCAAGCGUGGGCGUCGCAGCAGUGCAGGAUCGCUAGACAGCAAUAUGGAAGGGUCCAUCAUUAGCAGUCCUCAUAUGCGCCGAAGAGCUACAUCAACCCGAGAGUGUCCAUCUCGCCCUCACCAGACUAUGCCUAACUCUUCCUCACUACUAGGGUCCUUAUUUGGUAGUAAAAGAGGAAAGCCUUCCCAAGGACAUCUAGCAUCUGGCCCAUCACAACAGCCUCAGCACCCUCCCAUAAUGUCACAUCAGCAACACUCUCAGCACCCUUCCGCCAUGCAUCAUUCAGUGUCAACUGAGGGGCAGACCCAGGCGCAGGUGCACACUCACCAUUCCCAGUACUGCCACAUGCAAAACCCACCCCCUUAUCAUCACCACCACCAUUAUCACCCUCCCCAGCAUAUCCAGCACUCCCAUCAGUACCACCACAUGACACAUUCGCAGCAUAUAGCUCAUGCCCCACAUUCUUACAUCCCACAUUCCCACUCACAGCAUUCCCAUGCUCCUCAUCCUCCAUUGCCCCCUCCUCACCCAGCACACUCUUCUCACAUUUCACAUCACCAUGGACAAUCAGUGCCCCCAUCUACUUCAGCUAGUACUAAGUCCAAGCAUAGCGGCAUCAGCACAAUAGUCUAAAACCAAACCACUCUGACUGUAAUUGUAGCUCUAGACAUAGAUGUAAAGGCUCUUACAGGAAAUGGAAAGCAGCCUGUAAAAGUGGAUAUAUAUAUAUUUUUUAAUCCAAGCCAGAAACAACUUAAUUGACUCCUUUGCCUUAAGGAUUCAAUAGAACUGUUCGUAUUAGCCUGGUCUUACAGUUGAACUCAGUGGUGACCUUCUCCCUACUUUUUCCCCCCAGUAGCCUUGAAAAUAUGCUGCUUGCUGAAAAUGUUAAGCUACCUUUUUACAUCCCUAUGACAAUUUUUAAUGCAUAAUGAAAAUAUAAUCUGCUCAGAAUAAAAGGGGAAAAAAUAGGAAAUAGAACCAGGUGUUGCAUUCUUGCUCCUUAAUUGUCAAUGGGCAAAAAAAGUAGACCUCAUAUGGUUGAUGAAAGUACGUAAGUAAACUUUAUAUAAUAUAAAUAUAUAAAUAUAUAAAUAAAUAUAUAUAUAUAUACACACAUACACACACACACACACACUGUAUAGUUAACAUUUAUGCUUAGAGUAAAACUUUUGCAGUCCACAAAGCUAGCAAUAUAUACUUUACCAGGAAUUCCACUUACUGAUAGAAGGGCAGUAUAAUAGAUAAACAGCAUAUGAAAGUAUAGACCAAAAACUAGAACAAAUUCUAGGCCUUUCAGUAUUCUCAUUAGAAGUUCUCUGGAGUGGGGAAAAAUCUCUAAGCAAUCAUUGCAAAAUGUGCCAAGUAACAUAGCAUUUAGCUGUUGUAGUUAAUUAAGGCUUUGUACAAAUUCUUAUUUUAUUAACAUGAUAAUAUACCUAAUCAGUAUUACAACUGCUCUCUUAUUUCAGGUAAGCAACUCGUUAAGAUGCAGUAACUAUACAGUAGCAACAUGAGACAGCCUUUAUUAUAGGUUGUCUCUACUUUUUAGUUACUCAAAUUCUUAGACACUUUAAAGGCUGUGAUAACUGUGAACUUACACAAUCAACAUUUCUUUUCUAUUCAUAUAUGUUUUAAUAAACACACAUGAAGAUUAAUAUGGAAGGUACUUGCAUACGCAGCAUAAACAUUCAUCUCAGACCUUAAAAUAGGAAACAUCCAUCCCUUUCAACCACAUUGCCUCUUUGCCAUAAAUUCCUCAGAUUAUCACAAUUAAAAUAGACUGCAGUUCAGACUUUUUUCCAUAUGAAAGCAAUCUGAAACUUGAAGGCUUAUUUUAAUAUUAAGUGUAGAUUUUUAUAACGGUAAUUCCAUGUAGCCAUGUGCUGGUAACAGGAUUUUCUCACCAUUUUUGUCAUCACAUUCGUUAGUUUUACCCAGCACUCAGCAGGCUGAGUCUAUGCUCAAACUGUCAUAGUCCAGUUAGUCGCAAGACAUUUCGUAAAAUCCCACUGUGCUGUUGUUGCUUAUGUGUUGUAAUGAGUCAUUUGCAAAACCAUAUGAGAUUCUUUUUGUAUCCCUAAAACCUAUUUUUUUUUAAAAAAAAUAAAUAUCAUACAUGGAGCAUACUUUGUAGUUUCAGCAUUUUGAGCCACCUCAGUCACAAGGACUGUACAUCUAACUGGCAGAAAAAAAGGACCUGCAGAACUGCACCAGCAGAAUUGUGAAUGUAGUUUAAAAGAAGAGGAGGAAAAAAGUUCCAGUGAGAGAUGGGUAACACAAAACAAAACAAAACAGACUGUUGCUUCUGAAUGUAGAAGUGAUGUGUGAAGAUCACUUUAAUAUACUGGUUAUUAUUAAUGUCUUCAGUUUGGCUUUUCUUUCUCUCUCCCUCUCCAUACUGUGGAUUAUACCAUAACUACCAGCAAAACUGAAAAGUGUGUAUUUAUGUUAACUCUCACUUAGCAGAAACUCAGUCCACCUAGAGCUUAGCCUGUUUAAAUUUGUUUGUUGCUUCCAAUGUGUGCAAUACCUUGUUUUAUUUUUAUUUCUAUCCAUUAACUUCAUAUGAAAUGGAAGUAAUAAAAGUAAAUUAAAUGGUCAACCAGGCUGUCCUAAAUUGUGCAGGGGGUUCAUCUUAGCCCCCUGAGGCUCUGUUCCUCACAAUUUAAAUUGCUUUGUUCUUUUAAGGGAUAAUAGAACUGUCUGCAUGUCAUCUAAUGUUAAUAGUGUUGAAGCUACACUUUACAUAUUGUAUAUUUGCAAAAUAUAUCAGUGUUACUGUUGAUAUUAGUUGAAGUAAAGUGAUAACAUAUUUAAAUAUGUAGGCUUUUCUUCAGACCUUUGUACCAAUAGUAGAGUCUAACUGUAAUUUAUAAGUUGUCCCAAAAAAGAUAUGAUUGGUGGUGAGCAUUUCUUUUAACUUGUUAGUUGUAUAUUUUGCAUGAAUCAAGCUCAAAGCACAGGCAUUAAUAGUCACAUUUUUGAAAUUUGAUGCAUGAAUCUCUGCCACACCUAAACAUGUUUUCAAAAUCUGUUACCCAUCCUUUUAUUCUGUUUAAUUUAUGGCCCCAGGUAAUCUCAUGAAAAAAAUUAAGCUUAUGGCUUCUUAAGCGUUUAGGAUGACACAGUUUGUGUUCCAUUUAUAUACAUCUGUAAAUGGAAGAUAUAAAUAUAGAGAAUGUACUGGAAUCAUAAGUAUGCAACUAUUAAAGCACAUGUAAGACUGCAUAAUCUGAGAAAGUUCUUUCAUUUUUUAUUAUAAUUAUUUUCUGUAAGUAUGUUCUGUUACAUAUAUUUGAUUUCUGAGCCUAAAACCAACUUGUCACAGGCACACAAUGGAAUUUCCUUCCCCUUCCCUCCACAUGGAAACUCUUCAUAUCACCUGCAAACUGACUUUGGUAUUAUUUGGGAGUCGUGAGAGGCUGCUGUGGAGAGCCAGGGUUUCCCCUUCCUAUUUCUGCUGUCUUCUGCUGUUCCCUCAGGAUUAUUCUGUCCCAAAUGCCAUUACUUUUCUAGGAGCAAUUUAAGUUGCCAGAAUACCUUUUAGUCCCAAAAUCUGUUUCUUCUCAUUUAGGUAAAAGACAGUGAUCACAAUUAGCCUCAGUAUAAAGUUUAUAUUGUACUCAGAAAGGAAAGGGUAGUUAUUAGAAAGCUUUCGUUAAUCUUUUCUUAUUAGUUAAAAUCAGUCCUGAGUAUUAUUAAUCCAGGUGGUUUCCUUCCUGUCCAUAAUUUGGCUCAGUAAAAGCAACAAUCUGAAGAAAAUCCAACUAACCUUGCCAAAAUAUCUUUUCUGGGACAACAGUCAAAUAUGUAUUUGUUUUAAUCCUUUUAAGUUAAAAAUGAAAUGUACAACAAUGUAAAAAACAACAACAAAGUAAUCCUAAUAUAAUGUACAUGUCUUGUAUUGCUAAAAAGAAGUCUUCAAGCAUAACAUUGUAGAAAGAUUUUUCCAUCAAGCACUGCAUGCAGCAGAAGCCUCUUGUUUCUUGAUUUUAAAAUGAGCUGAAAAACAGUCAGCAGUUAUUUAAACAAUGACUCUCUACAUGUUGACUUGCUGUUCCAUAUAAAGCUGUGCAUUUCCUGCAAUUAAGCAUGCAUUUUGCUGUUUCCAUUGUUAAAUAUCAUCACACACCUUGCCUGCAAAAAGCGUAACUGUGUAUAUAGUUAAAAGGGAAAAAAUGACCAAUAAUCAGAUAAAAUUUUGAGGGAGGGAAAGAGGUAGUAGAAACAGGACCAAGUAGGGGAGAAAGCAAAAUCUCUAAAUUGUAUAUAGUGUGUAAAUUAGAAUUAAUAUAAGUCUGCAGUCACUUUCAGGUUGCAUACAGUACCUGUCUCCUGCUAGGAACUUUAAUCCCAGCUUUGAGUUGUAUUAAACUGUUAGAAUUAGGUCUUGAAUGCAGACUGUUAAAAGACUUCAAGAAACAUCAUGCUCAUGAGAAGCUUCUGUUAUGGGAGAUUCAAACCCCAUUUUGUAACUGUUGGGAAGGAAGGAGUGCUUUCAUUUUAAUAUGCAUUGUUUGUAAGUAGUAUCAGACCUUAUCGUUGUAAAACUAUAACUGUGAUUAUGUGGGAAAUCAAAUAAAUCACUUUGAACUGA